UUAUUUUAAUAGAAUAUAAAAUAGUUGGGCCUACCAUAUCUGAUUAUUUGAGACUUAAAUUACAUCCAUGGCAUCUUAUGGAUAUAGACUGCAUUGGUAAUACAUAAAUAAACGCAGCCAAGUUAUUUCAUGAGAAGAUAUGGUUGUAAUAACUAUAGUGCUGUAUUCUGUGUACAUGUGUACGGUGGGCGGUGUCGAACCUUGCCGUGAGAGCCGCUACUUAUGCUGCGUUCAAGUAGUAGUCUGUACUAGGAAACUCGGAAAUGUUCGACUUUCUGACUGGUUGAACUCGGCACGUGUAUAGCUAUAAACAAUUAGCAAGUCGGACAUUUCCGAGUUUUCUCGUUCCGACGUGCACGUGAACGCGGCAUAAAUCGUUUCUUUCUUGGUCUUGGGUUGGUCCUCAGAGGGGAGAGAGCGCGUAUGGAGUCUGUGGUUACAUAGUAUUUACUCGGGUAACUCGAUGCGCUGGAAGGGGGAAGGCAGAAGAUCCCUCCUUGCCGACAACGCAUUGAGACUUCCAGAAAUCUCUCUCUUUCUGAAGACGUUAGAAAAGAGUAAAAUGACCUCUAAAGUUACAAUCGAUGGAGUAAGUUUUGUAUAGACAGAAUAUAUGGAACCGUUACGUGUAGCCGCCUAGUAAGCAGAGGUUGCACUGUCUACAUUAACAUUAAAUUAAAUGUAUGUCAUUUCAGCUGCAGAAACUGAGAAAGGAGGCAUUGGACGACUGCCAUAUUAUUUCUUAUCAUCGGGGAGUUCUUUUUUGUCACCAGAAUGGAAUGGUUUUUCUUUGACACUGCAAAAAUGAAACAGACACUGCAUCUCUGUGUGUUAUGGCUGUUGCUGGUAUGGAGCACGGGGGCCUCUGACAGGAGACCCCUCAAAAGGACAAUCUUACAACGAACAUCCCUCCAGGGGGGGAUUUUUAACACCACACAAAACGUGUUGAACUCUGACAGUAUUGCUCCUUCCGCUGGUGGUAUAAAUGUAUCCCCUAUGAUGAGCCAUCGUGACAGAAUGCAGAGAGAUGAGAAAGCUGAGCCUCCAAGAAGAGGAAAAGGACCACCAAGCAGAAGGAUGAUGCCAAGCAGAAGAAUACCCCAACAACCAAAGAAACCCAUAAACCAGGUUGGCAGUGGCACUGGCACAUCUCAAGACAACAGUAAACCAGUGACAGGGGUGGCGGUUCAGCCUCAGUCCACACCAGCCCGCACCGUCCCCGGCAGCGCAGGCUCCCUCAACGUCCUGGCCAGCUUCGCAGGGAAGAACCGGGUCCUGGUCAUCUCCGCCCCACAUGACUCAGACGGUUACUAUCGCCUGAUGAUGACCCUCCUCAAGUCGGACGUCUACUGCCAGAUGGCGGAGCGGCACAUGCAGAUGAUCGUGAUGUUCCACCAGGAAGGAGAGCGAGGCGGGAAGGUGCGGCGGGUCAACGCCAAGGGACAGGUGACGGAGGAGCCCCUGGAUACGGUCCUCAUCCCCAGGCUGAUGAACUUCCUGAAGCUGGAGGAGGGGAAGUUUGGCAUGAUUCUCCUGAGGAAGACCCUCCAGGUGGAGGAGAGGUACCCGUACCCGGUCAGGCUGGAGGCUAUGUACGAGGUGAUGGACCAGACCCACAUGCGCAAGCUGGAGAAGGCCAGGCAGAGGGGCUUCGUGCAGAGGUGCAAGGCGGCCGGUGUUGAGGGCCAGGUGGUUGAGUCUCAGGUCCAGGGGGUAUUGACUACGGGGUCAGAGGUCAGAGUGAACUCUACAGUGGAGAGGGUGCCAGUGAGGAAAGGGGUGCAGAGACCAGCUCAAAAACCAAAGGCUGUGACAGUUACCACAACCCGACCAACCACAAAACCAACUAUGACCACAAAGGCAACCACAAUUACAACAAAGCCAACCACAGCCACCACAACUAAACUAACAACAACAAAAACAACAGCAACUACAACCUCAACAAAACCACCACCAACAACAAAAGCAACCACAACUACAGCAAAGCCAACCACAACCACCACCAGAAAAACAACCACGACCACAACAAAACCAACUACUACAACCACCACAAAAGUAACCACCACAACAAAACCAACAACCACAACCAAAGCCACCACGACCACCACCACUACAAAACCAACCACCACAACAAAACCAACAACCACAACCAAAGCAACCACGACCACCACCACUACAAAACCAACCACCACAAUAAAACCAACAACCACAACCAAAGCAACCACGACCACCACCACUACAAAACCAACCACCACAAUAAAACCAACAACCACAACCAAAGCAACCACGACCACCACCACUACAAAACCAACCACCACAAUAAAACCAACAACCACAACCAAAGCAACCACAACCACCACCACUACAAAACCAACCACCACAAUAAAACCAACAACCACAACACGACGAACCACAACCACCACUACAAAACCAACCACCACAACAAAACCAAAAACUACAAGAACACGACGAACCACAACCACCACAAAACCCACAGUUCCGAAGCCCUUGGACCCCCAGACAACACCACACUGGGACCUAGAGGUCCCCACCACAGACGAAUCCUCCUACACCCUCUCAGAGACCCACAAAAAUGGCAUAGAUGACGUUACAGAAUCCCACAGAGACCAAUAUGAAGAAGACACAACCGACGAUACCAAACAUGGCCGACAAGUUGUUACCUCUCCAACUCAGCUCACUAACGACAAACCAACUGAAGGUGGGGAAGAGCUGGGCAGUGAACUUAAGGUUGACUCUGAUGCACAGGUGGAAACAGCUUCCCCCAAGAAGAGCAAGGUCAAGCGGCCUGUCAAUGCAGAGAGGAAGAAAAAGGCUGAUAAAUCAGGCAAAAAGAGUAAAGCAGACAAGAAAAGGUUGAAGGCUACUAAAGACAGUGAUGGUGGCUUCUAUCGUGGCAGGAGACCAGGGAAGAAGGCCGCUAUUAACCAGGAGAAAGAAGCAGACAACAAGAGGCCCUCCACAAAACAGCCAAACCUCUUAGUAUCCUUUUUGGGUCAUUUUGAGAAGAGACGACGUCUACUUGUGAUCAGUACUCCAGACGAGGAGAAUCCUAUGUACACGCAGCAGAGAGAUGAGUAUCUGGAGCAUGUGUGUGAAUUGGGCGUCAGAAAAAUCUCUCUUAUCACCAUCUUUGGCUCUCUGACCAAUGGCACCAUGAAGAUGGACCAUUACCAGGCUGAGAAGGAUCAGCCUCUGAAAGGCAUGAAAGAAGAGGACUUCACAAACCAGCCCCUCAUCAGAGCCUUAAGGAAUGAGUUGGGACUGAUAUUUGACGACUACUAUAUGGUGCUGACCGACUUUGAUAUGAAAGUGAAGCAAGAAUAUGAGGUGCCCAUCGCCAUGACGGCUGUGUUUGACUACAUAGACACAUUCUCUUCUCGCAUCAGGGAGAUGGAGCAGCAGAAGAGACAAGGAGUGGCGUGUAAGAACGAAGACAAAUCCAAAUCCCUGGAGAACUUCCUCUCACGGUUCCGCUGGAGACGCAGGCUGUUUGUGAUCUCCUCCUCUGACGACGAGGAAUGGGCCUAUCAGCAGCAGCUCUACGCCCUGACUAGCCAGGCCUGCAAUCUGGGCCUGCGCCACUUGUCUGUGCUGAAGCUGAUUGGAAAGGACAUGGAGGAUAUGGGCGGGACCCUUGAGCUAUACCCAAUCAACGGGACUGCCACUGUGGAACGUGAGGACGUUUCUCCCUCUCUGGUGCAGGACAUCAGGAACUACUUCCAGAUCAGCCCAGAGUACUUCUCUAUGCUGCUGGUGGGGAAAGAUGGCAACGUCAAGUCCUGGUACCCGUCUCCCAUGUGGUCCAUGUCCAUCAUAUAUGAUCUGGUUGACUCCAUGCAGCUCCGCAGACAGGAGAUGGCUAUCCAGAAGUCCCUUGGCAUGCGCUGUCCUGAGGAUGAGUAUGGGGGCUACAGUCAUGACAGAGACCCGGAUGGUUACCACCGUGGAUAUGGUUACUAAAGGAUUGAGAAUGUUCCCCUCAGGAUGUGUUGGAUUUUCUAUUGAGGCCUGGUUGUGGCCUUGUCCCACGAACUAUAUGAAGCCAUUGUAUGAAUGGCAUUUCAUGAAGGCUUCUUUUUGCAUUUUGAUAACUGUGAUGUUGUUUUUAUAAGAAUUGACUUUUCUAUAAUAGAUUAUGAAAAUGCAGCAUACUUUUUCUUCCAUUAUAUUUUUGUCUAUUGAAUGUAUGAUUUGUUUCACAGGGAGAAUGGAGAUUUCAGAUUAAAAACAUUUGGCAAUUGC